UAGUCUUCGUAAUCAGUGACAUAAGCAGUUCGUUUUAUAUAUAAACCAAAUUAACUCAUCUUUUUAUUAAUUUAUUAUUACAUAGAAUCGAAUUGUUACCGCAAACACGUGCCCUUAAUCAACGGUGACUAUUGGUCAACGGGCAAAAAUGGUAUAAUCACCCAACGAACUGGGCUGGAUAUUUUUGGGACUGUAUGUACGGACAUCAAGAUUAUGACUAUUCACGAAAUCUCAGCUCCACUUCUAAUUCAGAACAACGAGGAAGCCUCCGAAUAUGAUGGGACAGUUGAUUCAAUACUGCCGUCACCGCUGGGACCUAAUUCCGCCGAAGAAAACUCUCCGAUCGAGGAGGUUGCGCUCACUGUUCCCGUCACCGACGAUCCUUCUCUAUCGGCCGUGACAUUCAGAACAUGGGUAUUGGGGAUAUUCGCUUGCGUUCUCCUAUCGUUCCUCAAACAAUUCUUCUGGUACAGGAAGGAACCCUUGUCUCUUACUUCGAUCUCGGCUCAGAUCGCGGUUGUUCCGCUUGGUCAUCUGAUGGCCUCAGUGAUUACCGAUCGGGUUUUCUUCAAGGACAAGAAAUGGGAGUUUACGCUGAAUCCAGGGCCGUUUAAUGUGAAAGAGCAUGUUCUGAUCACUAUCUUCGCUAAUUCGGGAGCUGGGAAUGUGUAUGCAAUCCACAUAGUCAGCGCUGUGAAGAUAUUUUACAAAAAAAAUCUCACGUUUUUUGUGGCCUUGUUAGUUGUUCUGACGACCCAGGUUCUCGGAUUCGGUUGGGCCGGGGUUUUUCGGCGCUAUUUGGUGGAGCCCGCCGCUAUGUGGUGGCCCCAGAAUCUCGUCCAGGUUUCUCUUUUUAGGGCAUUACAUGAGAAAGAAAAGAGGCCCAAGGGGAGCUUAACUCGGAAUCAAUUCUUUCUAAUAGCUUUUAUAUGCAGCUUUGCUUACUAUGUUGUCCCAGGUUACUUAUUCUCGAGGCUAACGUCUCUCUCCUGGUUCUGCUGGAUAUUCCCCGCUUCCAUCCUUGCCCAUCAGCUGGGUUCAGGACUUCGUGGCCUCGGAAUCGGUGCUCUUGGGUUCGAUUGGUCCAGUAUAGCCUCUUACCUCGGAAGCCCACUUGCCAGUCCAUGGUUUGCUACUGCAAAUGUAGCCGUUGGUUUUGGGCUUGUACUCUAUGUCAUUGUCCCGAUUGCUUACUGGCUCAAUUUCUACAAAGCCAAAACAUUCCCCAUUUUCUCAGAUGGCCUUUUCACAUCUACUGGCCAACGCUACAAUGUUUCCGCUAUAACUGACUCCAAGUUCCACCUUGACAUGGAUGCAUAUGAACGCCAAGGCCCUCUUCAUAUGAGCACUUUGUUUGCUAUCACCUAUGGUUUCAAUUUCGCAUGCCUCACUGCCACUAUUGCUCAUGUUUUUCUCUUUCAUGGAAGACAAAUAUGGGAGCUAAGCAAGUCUGCUUUUCAAGAAAAGAAAGUUGAUGUUCACACAAGACUCAUGAGGAAGUAUAAACAAGUUCCUGAAUGGUGGUUCAUGUGCAUCCUUUUUGCUAAUAUAGCAGCGACCAUAUAUAUAUGCCAGUAUUACAACGAUCAACUCCAACUGAAGUGGUGGGGUGUCUUGCUCGCAUGUGGUAUAGCAUUUUUUUUCACUCUUCCUAUUGGAGUUAUCAAAGCCACAACUAAUCAGUUACCCGGCUUGAAUGUAAUCACAGAGUACAUCAUUGGAUAUAUAUACCCAGGUUACCCUGUUGCUAACAUGUGCUUCAAGGUUUAUGGCUAUAUAAGUAUGAAACAGGGGAUAGCAUUUUUAGAAGAUUUCAAGCUAGGUCAUUACAUGAAGAUUCCUCCUAGAGCAAUGUUCAUGGCCCAGGUAGUGGGAACUGUUGUAUCUGCUCUUGCACAUUUAGUGACAGCAUGGUGGCUUAUGGACACAAUCCCAGACAUAUGUGACAGGGAUUUGCUUCCUUCAGAUAGUCCAUGGACCUGUCCUGGAGACCAUGUGUUUUAUGAUGCUUCUGUCAUCUGGGGCCUAAUUGGACCUCGUAGAAUCUUUGGAGAUCUUGGCUUUUAUUCAUCCAUUAACUGGUUUUUCCUAGUGGGUGUUGUGGCAACUGUGUUAGUUUGGCUUGCACACAAGGCCUAUCCAGACAAGCAUUGGAUUGCACUCAUCAAUAUGCCUGUGAUCUUAGGAUCAACAAUCAACAUGCCCCCAGCUACAGCAGUCAACUACACCAGUUGGAUUCUAAUUGGAUUUGCCUCUGGAUUUAUUGCUUACAGGUACUACCGUAGCUGGUGGAGUCGCCACAACUAUGUGCUGUCCGGGGCUCUUGAUGCUGGAUUAGCCUUCAUGGGGGUGUUGCUGUACUUGUGCCUCGGGAUGGAACAUGUAAGACUCACAUGGUGGGGAAAUGGCUCAGAAGGCUGUCCUUUGGCUUCUUGCCCAACUGAACCAGGUAUUGUGGUUCAUGGUUGCUCAGUUCUGUAAAGCAAGUGUGUGUGUGUGUGUGUGUGUGAGUAUACUGUUUUUGGUUUGAUUCUUUCCACUCUAUAAGUUUGUAUAUACAGAGCUAUUCUUUGUAAAAUGAAUUCAAAUAAAUAUUUUUUGAUACUUCAAUCAAAUUGCAGCAAACUUUGUCAAA